UGUUGGCACCUGGUGCAGUCUGCUCCGUCGUGGUCGAACGCAGGAUUCUGGGGAAGCCAGUUGCACUGACUCGAAAGCUACACUACACAAGUCCUCCGGCAGGUGGCGCUAGUUGUCAGUCUUUUUUUUUUUUUUUUUCUCCCCCCACCAGGCAGCGACUAGCACCUAGUGUUUUUUGAUUUUUCUCUCCCUUUCUGUUAACACCAACUUGAGGCAGACGCCACUUUUGACUCUCCGAGCUAGAAACUGAACAGAAAAGUCCAUCAUGAACGACAGUGAAGGACAUUUAGCCGGACCCAGGCGGCCAGUUGUCCCCCCUUUCUCCACCAGGACCCUGCACCACCCUUCCUUCCUGCCCCUUUACAUGGCAGCAGGCUUUGCCCACCCUCACGGAGACUGUAACGACCGAGCAGUCCUUCCCAUCACCCCGGCUGAGUUCUUCUACACCGACCCCGCCAUGAGCUGUGGGAGGAGGAUCCCCAACAUAGUGAGUGAUCUCGGGGUUUUCGAUUGCUUGCGGCUCAACACUCCACUACCGGUCAUGUCCGCCUGCCUGGCCCCACCAACUCGUCCAGACCCAUUCAAAUCCGGGCCACACCCCACUAGAGACCUGGGCAGCCCCAAGUGGAGAAUGAACCCCGUCCAUUCCCCAGUGCGGCCAAGCCGGGCCGUUCUCCAGCUUACCCAGGAGGAGGACCAGGCCAUCACUAACCUCCUGAAGCUGCACCACCAGGAGCCUGGACAAAGUGAUGAGACCCUUACUGCUGCACCAAUGGACUUUUCCAGUGUUGCAGAGCCACCAGUAGACUUGAAUCCCUGUCCGUUCCUUACUCACCCUAAACCUAUGGAUUUCACAUCAGCUGAGGAAGUAUACAAGCCCCCCUGUAGUGAUGUGCAAUAUCCAAGGAUGGCUGGUUUGGGGAGUCAGUUGCAGCGGGGAAGAGGUUGGUCAGAUAUGGAGUUUGAAGCAGUUGAUACCCUCUUGAGUCGCUUUAGUGUCAUGGAGGAGGACAGAAUCUGGGGAAAGUGCCACCAGAAAUCAGCAGUAACACUUCCUGAUGCUCCACCAUACCAGCAUUAUAAGGAUUUACCAGUAGGCACUGAAAACCGACAAGAAUCUGCAGCUUUACCCGCAUUAAAAGCUACUCAUUCUCCUCAAAGUGACAUUGGCUAUAUCAGGUUAACAUGUGUCAGUGAGAAUGGAGAACCAGGCUGGGGGGAGUUUAGGUCUGUUGAGGACAGAAGUGUCUCUGGAGAUUUUUCAGAGGUGAGGGAACGGAUGCUCUCAGAUUCGGAGGGGGAUGCUGUGCAUGUACUCCUUAGCCUUGGAGACAUGGGAACUUUGGAUAUCCUGUAGUGACGGUCUUAAACCUGCGGGUCUCCUUGUCCCUUGGUAUGUUUGUGAAGGAUUUUACUACAUUUUUACUACUUGCUCUUUGCCCUUUUGUUUUUUGCGGUGGAUGUUCAGAAAAAGUAAAUUUGCAUCAAAACACUUUAUGGGGAUGCUUAUAGGAUGCGAAUUUAUUUCCCCACUAGGAUGAAAAUGAAAACUGUAUUUUCAUGUCUAACUUUGAAUAUUGCACACACGCCUCAUUAUUUUCUAUUAGUGUUCAAUAAAAAUGAUCCACAGU